AUGUGGCUAGCUGUUGGCCUGGUACAGGUUCUCUUCUUCAUUUUCAUCUAUGAACGAUUUGUUGAAGACAAAAUUAGACAGUUUGCCGACCUCUGUUCUCUCAGCAAUGUCUCGGUUCUGGUUCUGACCCACAAGUGUUAUGGAUAUUACAUACAUGGCCGAUCAGUACAUGGACAAGCAGAUGUCAGCAUGGAGAUGAUGAUGGACAAUCUGAGGAAGGAGGAAAAAAACUUGUGUCCACUGAGGGGCCUGGAGCCGGGGUCAGACAUGCAGACCUUCGAGGUGGUGCUGAGCGAUCGUGUGCGGGAACAAUAUGACAAGAUCAUGCAGCCGCUGAAGGAGGCUCCCAGAGGCCAGAAAGCCGGGAAUGAGAAGAACCCAAUGUUACAGCAACGGAUCAGAACCUACUACACCGUUAACCGUUUCCUUUCUGCCUUCUUGGACCACGUCUAUAAGGAUCUGGAUUAUGUGGUGAAGAACAAGCUUCUCCUGGAGAACAUUCUUGACCUGGAGUUCCAACAACCCAUCGACAAGUCAAUAUUUUAUAAUGAUGAACGUCAUCACUUUAGCCGCGCCCUCUUCUAUGGCAACGAGCUGGUGCUGCUUCUUUUCGAUACUCUCCUGUUCUGCAUCAUUGACCUGGGGACACAGAACUUUAUCCUGGCAACAAUCCUAACCUUCGUCAUUCAGAUGUUUGUGCAGAUCCUUCGCUCCCUGAUUGGAAAGAAAAAUCUGUCGUCUCAGACUCUGGUAGAAGAAAGCUUUCUCAUAUGA